AUGUUUAAUGCCAUAAUGGACACCAUGCAGGGCUUUGGGGUGAGCACCACCCACUACCUGCAGACCAACUACAAGGAUGCCCAGAGCCUGUUCCUCUGGGUGUCAUGGGCGGCAGACCUCAGGAACACCUUCUUCAUCUUCUUCCCCCUUUGGUUUCACCUGCGGUCAUCAGUGGGCAUUAAGCUCAUCUGGGUGGCUGUGAUUGGAGACUGGCUAAACUUGGUGUUCAAAUGGAUUCUGUUUGGGGAAAGGCCGUACUGGUGGGUCCAUGAGACGCCCUACUACGCCAACACUGUUGCUCCUCACAUUGAGCAGUACCCCAUGACCUGUGAGACCGGGCCAGGCAGCCCCUCUGGCCACGCUAUGGGAGCCGCCGGAGUCUACUACACCCUGGUGACCUCAAUCCUGGCCAUCGCGUGCCUCAGGCAGUUUCACACUAUCUUGUAUAAUCUGUACCUAAAGGCCAUUCUGUGGACCCUGUUCUGGGGAGUCCAGGUGUGUGUCUGUCUCUCCAGGGUCUUCAUCGCCGCCCACUUUCCCCACCAGGUCAUUGCUGGUGUGAUCACAGGUAUGAUCGUGGCUGAGGCCUUCAACAGAACUCAGUGGAUCUACAAUGCCAGCAUGAAGAAAUACUUCUACACCACCCUGUUCCUGACCUCCUUCGCUGUUGGUUUCUACCUGCUGCUCAAGGCUCUGGGUGUGGACCUGCUGUGGACCAUGGAGAAAGCUCAGAAGUGGUGUGUGAGGGCAGAAUGGGUCCACCUGGACACCACCCCCUUUGCCAGCCUGCUGCGUAACAUGGGCACCCUGUUUGGCCUGGGCCUGGGUCUGCACUCCCCACUCUACACCGAGACCAAGAAGAGCAGCAGCACCUUGGUCAAGAUCGGGUGUGUCAUCAGCUCCCUGCUCCUGCUGCACCUGUUUGACUCCUUUAAGCCCCCCACGCACACUGCAGCCCUCUUCUACCUCCUGUCCUUCUGUAAGAGCGCCACCGUGCCCCUGGUCACCGUCAGCAUCAUCCCCUACUAUCUGUGCGGGGUUUGUGGAAAACACUUGGACUCCGACGAGAGCUUGAGGCUGCAUCUGUCAAGCCACAACGAGGAGAACAGCUGCAGGGAUCAAGCCGUGGUGGACGAGAAACAGUCAGAGCUGGAGUUUUCUGAAGCGGAGAGUGAAAUGGGCGACAGUGACGAGGACUGGAAGGAAACCGAAGGAACCGAGAGCGAUGAUGGUGACAGCGAUCAAGAUCAGAGCAACGAUUUGGAAAAGGCAAAAGAGAAAGUAUCAAACAAACUGAGAUCCAAGAACAAGAAAAACGGUGACACAUCCGCUUUGAAAUAUUGCUGUAAAGUCUGCAGCAAGUCUUUCUGCUAUAGGGCCUGCUUUCUGAAGCAUGUGCAAGAAGAGGAGAAGGAUACAGAUCUUUGUGGUGUAUGUGGGAAACAUUUUGAAUCUGAAGAGAGCCUGAGGCUUCACUUGCAAACUUACAUUAGAACAAAUGAUUGUGAGGUUUGUGGGAAACAUUUUGACGGCCAUAGGCAACUGGAGAUGCAUAUGAGAACCCACACAGGAGAGAAACCAUACACAUGCACCGUGUGUGGCAAAGCGUUUGCUCAAAAUGGAAAUCUAAUGGGACAUAUGAGAGUCCACACAGGGGAGAAACCAUAUGUUUGCAGUGUCUGCGGCCAGGGCUUCAGCUUUAAAGAGUACAUGAUGGCCCAUAUGAGGAUUCACACGGGGGAGAAACCGUUCCUCUGCAGCGUCUGCGGCAAAGGAUUCAGGCAGAGGGGCACGCUGAAAACCCACAUGAUGAUCCAUACGGGAGAGUCGACACACAGCUGCAGCAUCUGCAACAAGAAGUUCUACAAGAGUGGAGCGCUGAAAAUCCACAUGAGGUCGCACACAGGAGAGAAGCCGUAUCUGUGCAACGUUUGUGGCAAGUGUUUCUCAGCCAGUGGCUCGCUGACCAAACACAUGGGCGUCCACGAAGGGCAGCGAACACAUUACUGCAGCGUCUGUGGUAAAGCAUUCCUGAGGAAAGAGGAUGUUAAAAGACAUGUGCAGAUUCACAGGGAGGAAUCCACACAGCUGACGUGUCUCUGACGGUCAGACUGGCUGCUCCCUGCAUGGUUUAGAGAAAAGUUUACCAGCUGAAUGAACUGUCUAGUCGAAUAGUAAACCAAGGCUAUGUUGAUAAGUGUCUCAGUACUGGUUAUAUUCAUUUGGUCUUGCAUCUUUUGUGAUGAUUUUGCCAUGUUCAGACACAUCCAUUAAGUUUAAAAAUCUCCAUUUUCUAACCCGGAUCUCAUUCAGACAAAUGCUCCUUAAACAAGCUCUUCAUAUUGUGAUCUUUAUAGAGUUAUUGAUUUAGUUGGUAUAUAUAAAUAUGUGCAAAAAAAAAAUUAAAUCUAAAAAAUAUUGGGUACUUUUAAUAGCAUUUUCUGUGGAUUCCACUUAAAUUCAGUUUACUGAAACUACAGCCUGUCUGCACUGAACUGCAGACCCAAAUUCAGGACUCAGCUCUUAGUUUGUGGAUUGCAGAUGGAUUAGUUAACUGACAAUUUGACGUAAUCCCAGGAUUUUCGGUUCUUCAAAGCAAGUUUAAAAGUCUAGAUUGUUGAAUGGGGCCAGGUCAAUCGGGCAGGCAUCACAUAAUCCACUCCGCUAUGGUUGUGCACUACCAAACGCUCACAGUUCACAAUAUAGCACUUAAUAAUAAUUAUCUUCAUUUAUUCAGCAGUAUCUAAUAAAAGGAAGUGAAUAUAGCAUGGAGGAGAAGAGUUUUUAAGAUUAGUUUGGAAAUGUGUAGCAUCACGGCUAGUAAGACUACAUGUGGCAUUUCAGUGUGGCUGUCUAGCGGUGGGGACGAGCAAAAAUGAUACCAAAACGAUUUGCGGAGGAACUGCUCAGGAGGCAGAAGUCCAUGCAAAAAAAAGUGCUUUUAUUGACCAAAACAAUAAACAAACCAAAAGUCCCAGAGAAUUGAGCAAACAAACUGAAAAAAAAAAAAAAAAAAAAAACCCUGAAACAACACAGCCUCACAGCAAGCUGCCACCAAAACAACAGCCACCUUCCUCAAUGCCAGUCUGGCUUUUCAUACCUCUCCUGGCCCCUCCCUAAUUGGACUAUUCCACUGGACAGGGGACAAGCAGCCAAGAGAGGGAAACACAAUAUAGUUCACAUUUCAAUAGCACCAUUGCACUACUGGCAAAAAAGGAAAACAAAAACAAAACAUGAAUGCACAUCAGUGUUCAUAAACACUGCAUUUACAACCAUACAAACCUAAUUAAGACAAAUCUUUUCUCAUCUCUUCUCUUAUUGGCUAAAUGAACACACAUCUAACAAAUCAGUGGCUCCACCCAGUACCCAAUUUGGCACAGGUGGCCUGACUCAGCUGAUAACAGGCAUUGAUCGAAACAAUGUAGGGCAGGGGUGUCAAACUCGUGCCAUGGAGGGCCAAGAGGCUGCAGGUUUUCAUUCCAACCAAAAACUCCACC